AUGCAUAUAAGUAAUCCAUCUUGGAUACGUCAUAAAGGUGGCGUACUGUCAGUUGAUUUUCAUCCAAGCGGAUUGCGUUUAGCUACAUGUGGAGCGGGCAACGAACAAUCCUCAGGUUUAGUUGUCAUUUGGUAUGUGAAGCCGAUUAUUAGCGAGAAAGAAAGGAGAGAUCAGACUUGUCCGCGGAUUCUUCAUCGAAUACCUUUUCGGGCCUGCGUUAGUUGUGUUCGAUGGUCUACAAACGGUCGCUAUCUUGCAUGUGGUGGUGACGACAAGUUGGUGGUGAUAUGGGAAGGCUCUUAUGAGAACGAAGAACACAUUCGUGAUGAGUCAUAUCACGAAAGGUUCAGAUUGGAAGGCCACAAAGCAGACAUUCUGCAUUUUGAGUGGAGUAAAAAUAGCAAAUAUCUAGCUUCUUGUGGACUAGAUCACUUCGUGAUUGUUUGGGACGCUCUCAAUCUGCCGGAAAGACUUGUUUCGCUUGACGUCAGCCGUGGUGGGCAUGAUGCUCCCAUAAAAGGCCUUAGUUGGGACCCUUCCACCAGAUUUCUUGCAACACAGGCGGCCGACAGGUCACUUAGAAUUUGGAGUGUAGAAACAUGGCAGUGCAUUGAAAUAAUAAAGGAACCAUUUUCUGAAAGCUACCAGACCACCCUUUUCUGUCGCAUGGAUUGGUCUGUUGAUGGUGACUACCUCUUAGUCCCUUGUGCGAAAAGUGCGACUACAGGGUUUACAGUUCAGAUAAUCAGGCGGAAGGACUGGGACACCUCAAAGCAUCUGGUUGCUCAUGCUAACUCCAUUACCGCCGUACGAGCAUGUUCAAAGCCUGUUGAAUAUGUAGACCCAGACCCAGAGGCGAAACCUCAAAGGAAAACUUGCUUCGCUGUAGGGAGCCGAGAUAAAGGCAUAACUAUAUGGCUCAGCCCAGAUAUGGACAGACCAUUACGUGUUCUUCCAAAUAUGUUCAAACACUCAGUGAUGGACUUUUCAUGGCAUGGAUACCAUUUAGUAGCAUGUUCAAUGGAUGGCUCAAUAAGGUCAAUUAUGUUCAACAAAGACGACAUUGGUCGACUCAUCUGA